AGAACAUCUACAGUUGGUAUGGAGCUCCGGUUAAUCCUGUUAGUCACUGUUUACUUGCAUAGCAGAGAGUGAAGUGUGAUAUUUAACUUCACUGACAGCUCCCCAGUGAGUUUCUGGUUUACUUUCCGUUUGUUAUGGACAGCUAAUUUUGCGGAGGGACUCGCUUCCAAAUCCUGUCUCUGUCUAUCAUAGUUUGCCCGAAUAUUUUGGUAAAGAUGCACACUUGAUGCUAAAAAUUUGAGAGAGGCAGGGGCAGGGUUGUUUGCUUUGUGUUUGUUUUAGCUUUCAGUUCUGAAGAGAAGCUUUCAUGGGUGACAGAGAGGAGGAGUUGGAAGGUAGAUAUGUUUGUUUUGAGAAGGCACAGUUUAGGAAAGACAUGGACCUAAGAGAUGAGGUUCUUGGGAGAACUAAAGAGUAACACACAACUUGCUAGUGGUAGUGGAGUUUAAUGCUUUCUUUUGCAUGGUUGCUUCAUGACUCACUCAAAAGACAUCAAGACUGUACUAGGCACCAACCAUAAGGUUAGGAAAUCCUAUAGGAAAAAGCCUUGCCUCUUACGCUUGCAGUUUAAGAUAAUAGAAACCAGGAAGAAAAUCAACCGAAAAGAUUGUAUCUUUAAAAGGACUAAAAAAGUAAAUAUAUAUAUAUUUAUAUUUGUAUGCAUUUGGUGGAACAGUUAAGAUGCUGUUUGAGCUUCCCUCCCAUAUCUGAGUACCCAGCUUGAGUCCCUGCUAUUCCACUUCUGAUCCAGCAUCCUGCUCUUGGGCACUGAGGGAGGCAGUCGAUAGUGGCUCAGGUCUCGGGUCCCAGCCACCCACAUGGGAGACUUGGAUUGCAUUCUGUGCUCCUGGCUUCAGCUUGACCCAGCGCUGGCUGUCACAGGCAUUUUGGGCAUGAACCAGUGGAUGGAAAAAUGCCUAUGUGUCGCUCAUUGUUUCUCUGCCUUUGGAAUACAAUAAAAAAUGUAUUUGAUCUUAUUUGAUGAUUAAACCAUUUUUCUGAGGUAGAUUUUUAUCUCUGUUUUACACAAAAUAGGCUAUAUAACCAGAGUGUGCCAGAGGUAGGAUUUGGAGCCCAAAUCUGCCUGCCUGACUGAGGUUUAAAGGUUGGUGACUUCAUCUGGCUCAUUCAGAUGUGGAGCUCAGACUAGGUCAUCUCUGAAGGUCCAUUCAAGUUAUAGUCUGUGAUUCUGUGAAUAUGAGUUGAGAAUGCAAAGAACAGGCAGGCUGUAGAUUAGGGACACAGUGCUGAUGUCUUUGCCUUCAAGUAGCUUUCCGAGUCUUUGGGGUGAUGAGAUAAGCAUAUGUGAAAAAGUCAGCCAGCAGUACCCGAGUUGAGUGGUAUGGAUAUUUUAUAGAUUAUUUUUUAAACAUUUAUUUAUUUCUUUGAAAGAGAGGUUAGAGAGAGAGAGAGAGAGAGGAGAGGAGAGACAGGGAUCUUCUAUCUGCUAGUUCACUCCCCAAAUGGCUGUAUUGGCCAGGACUUGGCCAGGUUGAAGCUAGGAACUCCAUCUGGGUCUCCCACGUGGGUGGCAGGGGCCCACAUAACAAAUAUCAUCAAAUAUAUUUGGCCAUCUUCCCCUGCUUUCUCAGGCACAUUAGCAGGGAGCUGUUUGGGAAGUAGAGCAGCUGGGACUCAAACCAUUGCCAAUAUGGGAUGCCAGUGUUGCAGGCAUUAGCUUUACUUGCUGUACCACAACACUGGCCCUUUUAUAGAUACUUUGAGAAACAAGCUCAAUGUAGAUUGAAAUCCUAGAAAUAGUUGAGGCAGUGAGUUCCUAAAUUGUUUUGCAGCAGUGGAGAGUGUUGCCUGCUGUGGCAAUAGGUUUUUGGUUUGUUUCUACACUGGUAAUGGAGAUGGAGAUGGCCCAGGAAGACCAUGGGCAAGUAACCUUACAACUGAGGGGCCAGGAGGACCAUGUUACAAGUUGAGGCUUGCCUUAAGCUUUUUAUCUGUUGAGGUGGUUGCCCAGAAUAUUUUGAUAUUCUCAAAUUAUUGAUCUUUUGGUCUUAAUAUCCAUUUAGAAUGUUUUCUGCUAAAGCAGUUUUGGUCCUGGAAGAUACAGGCAUGCAUAUUCAUUUUCUGUGUUUGUUUUCUUUUCAUGUAGACCAUUUUCUGCAUGAAAGGGAGCAUUGUUGGCCACCUAGUCUGCAAAAUAUUGCUUGAUAAUGGAUUUUAAUGAACAGGUUUGCUGUGAAAAAAUAUGUUGGAUGCUUGGAACUAUAAUUAUUAAAUGAGACUUCUGGCAUUUAUGAACAUCCUGAUUUGGUUGGGAAAUAUUUCACCUGUGGGGUUUUGAUAGUUGUCUCACCAUUUACAGUGUUUAUAGGGUAGUCCGAACACUGAUUACUAUGAUAUUGAAGGGUGUUUAAGAUGAAAAAUUGUUUUAGUUCUUUUUUUUAAUAUUUAUUUAUUUGAAAGUCACAGUUACACUGAGAGAGAAGGUGAGGCAGAGAGGGAGAGAGGUAGAAAGAGAGAGAGAAAGAGAAGGGUGUUCCAUCCGCUGGUUCACUUCCCAGUUGGCCACAACAGCUGGAGCUGUGCUCAUCUGAAGCCAGGAGCAGGUGCCGGGGCCCAAGGACUUGGUCAUCUUCUACUGCUUUCCCAGACCAUAGCAGAGGGCUGGAUCAGAAGUACGGCAACUGGGUCUUGAACUGGCACCCAUGUGGGAUUCCGGCACUGCAGUGGCGGCUUUACCCACUACGCCACAGAUGUCUUUAAAGACAUCUCAAAUUAUGGCCGCCAGCAGUCCAUUACAAAUCCAUAGUAUGUUUGCCAUUUCCUAGUCAACUUAAGCAGCAUUGUUUGCUUGCACACUGUGUGUUCAACUAAUGUGGAAGCCUUUCUCUAAUUUUCUUAACUUUUUACAUUUAUUUAUUCAUAUAUUUGAGCAGCAGAGAGGCAAAGAGAGAGUGUCUGAGCAUGCUCCUUUCUGCUGGUUCACUUCCUUAUGCCCAGGGUGGCCCCUAGGCUGAUGCCUAGAACAAGAACACAGCCCAGAUUUCCCACGAGGGUGGCAGGAGCCCAAUCACUUGGGCCAUCACCCUCGCCUUCCAGGGUCUAUCUGUAUUAGCAGGAAACUGGAAUUGAGAACUGGGGCCAGGAGUUGAACAGAAAUACAACCAACUGUGGCUUAACUACCAGGACAGACUCCUACCAUUGGAAUUUCCUAAAGAGAGUGACAAUGAUGAACUAAAACAAAUUGAGAAAGACUGGAGUGGUGAGCAGAUUCCCUGCUUUCUCUUAUCUUUCUAAUUUAUUCUGUAUUUGCAAAACAAUAAGAAUCAUUUUUUAAAAAUAUUUCUUUUAUUUUGAUUUAAAAGGCAGAGUUAUAGAGAGAAGGAGAGAGAUCUUCCCAUCUGCUGAUUCACUCUCCAAGUGGGCACCAACCGCUGAGGCUGGGCCAGACUGAAACCAGGAACCUGGAACUCCAUCUGAGUCUCCCAUGUGGGUGCAGGGGCCCAAGCACUUGGGCCAUCUUCCGCUGCUUUCUCAGGUGUGUUAGCAGGGAGCUGAAUGAGAAGUGGAGCUGCCAGGACUGGAACUGGCUCUUUCAUGGAAUGCUGGCAUUAACCUGCUUAACAGCUUAACCUGCUGCACCACAACACCAGCCCCGGUGAGGAUCUUUUGUAUGUGCUUAUAAAUUUUUUAAAGACCACUUAAAAUGGAGGUGUGGGGCUGGUGUUGUGGUGUAGUGGGUUAAGCUGCUACCUGCAAUGCCAGCGUUGGUGCUAGUUUGAGUCCUGGCUGCUCCACUUCCAGUCCAGCUCCCUGCUAAUAUACCUGGGAAAGCAGCGGAAGAUGACCCAAGUGCUUCUGUCCCUGUACCCCCAUGGAAGAACCAGAUGAAGCUCCAAGCUUCUGGCUUUGGCUGGGCCCAGCCCCAGCCAUUGCAGCCAUUUGGAGAGUAAACCAGCAGAUGGAAGAUCUCUCUCUCUCUUCCUCUCUCUCUCUAUAACCCUCCCUUUCAAAAAAAAUUAAAUCUUUAAAAAAAAGGAGGUGAAAAUUUUUAUGCUUUUUAUUCAGUUUUGUUAUUACUGUGUUGCUGGUUUUCUCCUAUUUUAUAAAGUAGACAGCCUCUUUCUUUUUUAUUUUGUUAAGGAUGGGAGUAGAAUGCUAUACAGAUCACUGUCAUUAGGAUUAUAGAAAACAAACUCUUGAUAAUAUACACUCAACAGCAGUGCACAGAUUUUUUUCAGAGUUAAAGAACUAAUGGUGGGAUUUUCAGCAAGACUUGAAAUUUUAGCUGAAAUACAGUGUAAGUCUGUAAACAGAAGAUUGCUUCAAGCCAGCUGGCUACCGCCGUGGCCUUGCAGGAGGCACUUGCCUGUGGCCUGUCACAAGCCUGGGCACCAGGUUCAGGAUCCUCCCUGGCCUGGCUGUUGGCACUGGGCAGGUGUGCACCCCAGCAGGAAAACCUGCUUCUGAGGCCAGAGCAAGGUGGCCUGAUAGCUGACAGCCAGCCUGGGAGCAAGGCUCAGCCUGCUCUUGGGUGGGUAAUCUGUGCUCAGCGUGGGCUCUGUCUGCUCUGCAGCUGCCAGUUAAUAAGACAGCUCUUGUCUGGACUUCAGGAACAUACCCCAGGUUCUGGAAAUGCGCCUAGAAACAGAAGUAGCCCCUCCUACCCGGUGAGCACCUGACAUCUGAUGUGGAGGAUGGGGCGCGGGCCAGCAUCUCCUCGGUUCAGGACAACUGAGGGCCUGUGCUAAGCACCAAGUCCCUGUUGUCACUGCCACAGAGAGGACUGCGAUUGGAAGCUCCUUCUCCCCUUUUUGGUGGUCAUCAGGAGCAAUCACCAGACUCUGAUCUUUCACUCAGUGACUGGACAAGCCUAGUUAUUCUGUUGAAAGAAGAAUCUUCUUGCUCUCUUGGUGUCAAUAAACAUCCCAUUGGAAUUCCUGAUGAUUUCUUUUUGCUCCUGUGUGGCAGGAACUUUGACCCUAGCAAUCACAUUAAGCCUUUAUGAUAGUUAAUUCUUUUGUUUUACUCAAGGUUAAUGCUAAGUACAGAAUGCUCCAUGUAAAGCUUGCUGAAUUUGUAAAUCUGAUUGUUGAUUAUUGGGAUUAAAAAUUACCAUUAGGAAGGUAUAUCAAUCAGGAGGGCAGUUUUAGAAUUCUCCGCUUUUUUAAAAAAAAUAUUUUUAAGACGUUAGCAAGAUGGCAAAAACUAUUCUUGGGUAAUCUGGCUGACAGCACAGUUGGAUAUCUCGUUGUAUUUUGCUGCAAUAAAUCAGCUUAGGAAAUAUGUAGAGUAUAAAAUGACAGGGUUUUAGGGAGUAAAAUGCCAUAUUUUGGAGUUAAUCUUAAAAGUAUUUGGUUAAGUACUUCAUAAAUUAUAGAUUGAGAAAGUUUAAAAGGUGUUUGAAUUCAAAAUGUUACGAAUCAGCUCUCCUGAUUUUCUGAGACUGACAGAAAGUACACCAUAGUAGGUGGAGGUGGACUACCACUUUACUUUUGAAGGAUUUUGUUUUCAAAAAGUCAUUUGACACAAGCACUGGUGGGUCAAAUGGUGGAAGCAAACCCACACUGAGUGGAGGGACCCACACUCCACUUGGCCUUGCCACACACCCGCACAGGGUCUGAUCCUUGUGAUCCCAGUUUCCCUUAUCUGUGAUGUAUGAGACAGAAGGGCCUAAAUUGUCUUGCAGUUUAGCAUUCCUCUUUGCAGACAUUUUCUUGAGUGGGAGGAGGCAAUCGGGGAACUUUUUAGUAGGCUUCCUUUGGGGGCAAGAAAUCUUAGCUUCUUGUUCAUCUUGAAUAGUUUAGUGAAUGUAUUAGAAACUGAUGAGGCAGACUUCUUUGGGGCCUGUGCUGUGUUUCUCUUCACAGAAUGUAGUUGUGCUCAGCAUCAUCCAGGCAGAAAGAGAGAGAGAGACAGAGAGAGAGAUAGCCUGGUUCAUAGUAGAAGUUCAAGCAGCAUCUGUCAAUUAAAUAAACAGGUAUUUCAGGAGCUUUUGUAAGGUGCUGUGUGUGGAAUGUUGUGAAAGCAAAGACCCACUCCCUGGCCUUCAGGAGUUUCUAAUCUGUUUGUGAAGACAAGCUAUAAAUGCACAAACAUUGAAUCCAUUUUACAAGAGAUAUGUUACAAGGCCGUAUAGGAUUAAUUGCCAGAUGAGGGCUAUGGAGCAUAAUUGCCUGGAGUUCAGACUGAGAGUGGAGGGGAGGAGGAGUGCCAGCCAGGAGUUCACAAAUGCGUUUCAGGCUCUGUUCUUGGAAGAACUGAGUUAACUGCUGGCAGCAAUACACCAGCAUAGGGGAAGGCUGGUGUUAAGUGAGGAGGAGGGCAUCCUAGUGCAAAGAACUGCGUAGGAACAGUCUCACGCAUUGAGUGCGGAUGUCAGCUUAACUCCCAGCUUGAGAAGUUUAAGGUUUUGGUUCUGUCAAGACCCUCAGUGCUCCUGAGGGGCUCCUAACUACAAGUGCAUUUUCUGCCUCAAACUAGAAGCAAACAAACCAAACAACUUGUUUGGUCACCUGAACUUAUUAAAAUUCCAAGGGCCAUGCAUUAUUUAAGAUUUCUUUAUGUCCGUUUGGAGCUAAGUAAUUCAUUCUGGCAAGCAUUUCAUUUGCAACAGAGAGGGAGCACGUUCUGGAGGGAGGAAGAAUAAAAGGACCUUUGAUUCCUUCGCUUCUGAGGGCCAGGGCCGCCUUGGGCCAGCGUCUUAUUCUGGACUUUGGAAGCCAUCUUAGCCCAGCUGUGGGAGUGCCAGCUAGUGCUGGAGGAACGAGAAUAGCGCCAUUGGGUCCCAUCACAUCCCUCUGACUGCUGAUAGAGGAGUUUCUCUCCUUUCACAUUUCCUUGCAGUAACGUGGCAGUUCAUUUCCCCCAAGUUAGAGCUCCGUCGGAAUGUACCCUUUGAACUUGGACUGAAGUCAGAACGUCUCUGUGACUCCUUUUAUCUCAGCCUGUCUGUCGACCAAGUACAGAAAACUUAAUCAAGUCGCAGGUCUCUUUAUUCUCCCUUCUUGGACUACAGCACAAAUACAGUUAGCAUUCUUUUCUUCUGUAGAUUACUUUUGGGGAGCAGUGGCCCACUGUACCGUGGAUUUGCACAUUUAUUAAAUAAGUAGCCUCUUCAGUUGCCAACCUGAUGGCCCCAGGAUCCUUAGUGAAUUGUGGAUGGCAAUGUAGGCCUGUUCAGUUGCUGGGAAAAUGCCCUCCAGGACCCGGAAGCUUCUGGCCAUUCGAGCCUUGUAUGCCUGAGCACCUUAACCAAUUAAUACAAGAAUACCUUAAUUCCAGAAAGAAUCUUUUGUGUUGUCAUCAAUUCACUUAUUCAUAGGUCAAAUUCUCCCCAGUUUGCGUUGCUGGAUGGUGCAUAGAAAAUCUAACUUACCAGCUUUUGACACCCCCCCCCCCCACCAACAGCCUGUUUUAUCCCCAAAGAGUUAACACCAUGUGCACUGCAAUGCAUAUUUGGUUGUUAUCUCUCUUACAUUAGCUCUUGAAGCAUUCUGAUUACAACUUGUAGCUGCCAAGCCCUGUCCUGCAGCAUUAUCUGGAACAGAAAUUUUCCAUGUGGUUGUUUAGCAGAGCGACUCCAUGCAUGUACACACUGCACGUGAGGACGUAAGAGGUAAAGGAAUAGCGCUUCUAGGAGGGGAAAUGCAUGGAAGAGGAGAUGGUUUGUGUUACGCAGUGGCCGUUUAACUGGAGAUCCGGAUGUCUUGGAAUAUUACAAAAAUGAUCACGCCAAAAAGCCUAUUCGUAUUAUUGAUUUAAAUUUAUGUCAGCAAGUCGAUGCUGGCUUGACAUUUAACAAAAAGGAGUUUGAAAACAGCUACAUUUUUGAUAUCAACACUAUUGACCGGAUUUUCUACUUGGUGGCAGACAGUGAGGAGGAGAUGAAUAAGUGGGUUCGUUGCAUUUGUGACAUCUGUGGGUUUAAUCCUACAGAAGAAGAGCCUGUGAAGCCGCCUGGCAUCUCCCUACAAGCACCAGCUGAUUUGCCUUUAGCUAUAAACACGGCACCACCGUCCUCCCAGGUGGAUUCGUCUGCUGCUCUACCUCCUUCCUAUCAGCUGAUCAGCCUUCCACCACCCCCGGAAACUCUUGGCAUCCAGGAGGAUCCCCAAGACUACCUCUUGCUAAUCAACUGUCAAAGCAAGAAGCCUGAACCCACCAGCCAAGGGUCAUCUUUUGUUUCUGAAGAAGGAGAGGAGUACCUACUACUAGAAGACUUUGAGAGCAAAACGAUUCCAUUGCAAACACAUGCGGAUUCUACAAAAUCCACCUCUUCUGAAACAGACUGCAAUGAUAACGUCCCUUCUCACAAAAAUCCCGCCUCCUCCCAGAGCAAACACGGAAUGAAUGGUUUUUUCCAGCAGCAGAUGCUGUAUGACUCCCCGCCGUCGCGGGCUGCGUCGCUGUCCGUGGACCCCAGCCUUUACAACCUGCCCAGGAGCUACUCCCACGAUGUUCUACCAAAGACAUCUCCCUCGAGUACCGAAGCAGAUGGGGAACUCUAUGUUUUCAAUACCCCGACCGGCAUAUCGAGCUUAGAGACUCAACUGAGGCAUGCCUCCAUCAGUUACGACAUUCCGCCAACACCUGGUAAUACUUACCAGAUCCCACGAACAUUUCCUGACGGGACCUUGGGACAGACGUCAAAGCUAGACUCUAUUCCAGAUAUUCCCCCGCCUCGGCCGCCGAAACCGCACCCGGCUCACGACCGAUCUCCUGUGGAAACGUGCAGCCUCUCCCGCACAGCCUCGGACACGGACAGCAGUUACUGCGUCCCUACAGCAGGGAUGCCGCCGUCACGUAGUAACACCAUUUCCACCGUGGAGCUGAACAAAUUGCGAAAAGAUGCUAGUUCUCAAGACUGCUAUGAUAUUCCACGAACAUUUCCAAGUGAUAGAUCUAGCUCCCUUGAAGGCUUCCAUAAUCACUUUAAAAUCAAAAAUGUGUUGACAGUGGGAAGUGUGUCAAGUGAAGAAAUGGAUGAAAAUUAUGUUCCAAUGAAUCCCAACUCACCACCACGACAACAUUCCAGCAGUUUUACAGAACCAAUUCAGGAAGCAAAUUAUGUGCCAAUGACUCCAGGGACAUUUGAUUUUUCUGCAUUUGGAAUGCAAGUUCCUCCACCUGCUCAUAUGGGCUUCAGGUCCAGCCCAAAGACACCUCCCAGGAGGCCAGUUCCCGUUGCAGACUGUGAACCACCCCCCGUGGACAGGAACCUCAAGCCAGACAGGAAAGGUCAAAGCCCUAAAAUUUUAAGACCCAAACCCCAUGGUUUAGAGCGAACUGAUUCACAAACCAUAGGUGACUUUGCUACAAGAAGAAAGGUCAAGCCAGCACCUUUAGAAAUAAAACCUUUGCCAGAGUGGGAGGAAUUACAGGCUCCAGUUAGAUCUCCCAUCACCAGGAGUUUUGCUCGAGACUCCUCCAGGUUUCCCCUGUCCCCACGACCAGAUUCAGUGCACAGCACGACGUCGAGCAGCGACUCACAUGACAGUGAAGAGAAUUAUGUUCCCAUGAACCCAAACCUGUCCAGUGAAGACCAGAGUCUUCUUGGCAGUAACAGUCUUGAUGGAGGAAGCAGUCCUGUGAUCAAGCCCAAAGGAGACAAGCAAGUGGAAUACCUCGACCUCGAUUUAGACUCUGGGAAGUCCACACCACCACGUAAGCAAAAGAGCAGUGGCUCAGGCAGCAGUGUCGCUGAUGAGAGAGUGGAUUAUGUUGUGGUUGACCAACAGAAGACCCUGGCCUUGAAGAGCACACGGGAAGCCUGGACAGAUGGCCGGCAGUCCACAGAGUCGGAAACACCCAGCAAGAGUGUCAAGUGAAAGCAGCACUCGGCUGUUUCUGAACAAGAGAACCGCACUGGAGAGAGAAAGCCUUUUUUGAAGAUGACUUGACACUCUAGGUAGAUCCUUGUAGGACUGCAGUCAAAGGACCUUUCAGACAUAAUCAAGCAAUUUAGACUGUAAAUGGUGCUUUGUGGUAUCUGAACAAUUCGUGCUGUGUAAAUAAUGUGGGGAAAUAGUAUUUAGCUCCCAGAGAAACAUCUGUUCCAUAAUUAACACACUUGUAGUAUUACUGUAUUUAUGCACUUUUUCGUUUAAAACAUUGGUCUGGGUAUUCCCCCAUGUACUUUAACAGAAUUCCUUUCGAACUUCCUGCCCCCGCCCCCCGCCCCGCCACUAUUCUAUGUAACAAUACUAAAUUAACUAAGCUACUUUCUAGAUUUGGAAAUUAGUGUUUAAAGUCUAAAGACAUUAAAAUGAGAAGUAGAUAAACAAGUUAGCUUUCCCUGAAGCUUUGGGUGGUAACUAUUAGCUUAGGCUACAAAGUAGAAUUGGACUUAUCAAAUUCACUGCCUUCCAAAAUGCUAAAGAUAAUGUGUGUCAUGUCCUACUGCUGUCAGGACCUAGUUCUCUGGUUCAUGUACAUUUAGUUUUUAAUGGUGGAACUUUGUUAUAUUUUGUUAAUUACAGUGUUUUUGGUUCAUUGAGUGAAGAUUCUGCCGGGUAGGAUCUUGCACUCUUGAAAGACUGAAAUAUAACACUAUCAAGUAAGCCUGCAAAUCAUUGGUGGCAUGCAGUGAUGUUGUGUUCUUACACUUGUUAACAUUUAUUAAAUGUUAUUUGCGAAAGGUAGAUUGUAUAACUAAUCAGGUACGUACAAGGCACUGAUGUGCUAAUACACUGAUCAGGUUUAGACUACGAGCUUUAGUUGUGUUCUUGUUAAUCUUAACAUUGGUUCCCAGUUUGGAAUUAAUGAAGCAGUUGACACUCACUGUUAGUUAUAGCAACAUACUGUGAUUUUUAAUUAGACAGUAAUUCAGAUUUAUUACUUUUAAGAAUGAAAUUCUGUCUUUUGACACCACAGUGCCCUUUCUAUGAUUUUUUUACUUACUAUUCUUCUUGGCCUUAUAUUUAAAUCCCUAUGCAAUUAAUAUUUUAUAUCUACCUUUUUUAAAAAAAUGUUAUAUAAGUGAUUCUCCUAUGUAGCACCUGUUGCUUUUUCAGUCAGAGAAUUGAAGAUUUUGUACUGUGAUUUCUAUUCACUGCCCCAAUUCAAGAAAUAUCAGAGCCUUACUAUAAUGUGAAAUCUUACCGUCAUGGACCCCUUCCACUCAGAUUUCUGAAACUACCAGAGGAAUGGUAUAAUUCUGUCUCACCUACAACAUGGUCCUGCGACACUGAUACCAAGACCAGGAAUUUAGUGAGGCUACAAUUAUAUUCAUCUGUCUUAGCUUUGCAACAUAAUUUAGAAAGCAAGUAUAGUUUGUUAACUAAGUUACAUGCAAUCUCUUAUAUACUGGUUUGAGACUUACUAACAGGUUUUGGAGGGGACAUACAUAGAGAUAGAAAUGCUCACUGCUGAGGCAUGACACCUUUCCCUCCAUUCAGACCUCUAACUGUUGCCUAAGUACACAGAUGUGCCGAUUUCUGGCCCCCUUGGCCAUAGUACUGUGCCUAAUCAAUGUAAUGGGUUUGUUUCCCCAAUCCACAAACUAAAAGUGUUUAUAACAAGAUGAAUUGUAGACUAGUAACAUUUAAUGCUUUUAAAUGUUUGCUUCUUUUUAAACAAAAACUAAAGCCCAGAAGUGAAUUUUGAGGUGGAUUUUUAAAUAAAAAAGAUUGUUUGA